AUGAAUAACACAACAGAAGUUAUCCAGGUCAUGCGGUUUCAGACAUCAUUCAAAGUUCUGCUGUCUAUGCUGCCAUGUUUUCUCUUUCUCUAUGUAAACGCUGUCAUGCUGUAUGCCUUGCUGAGCAAGCCUCUCCUCCUGGAGUCUCCCCGCUAUAUGCUGUUUGGUCAUCUGCUCCUCACUGAGUCUCUGCAGCUCUUUGGGAUAAUGUUGCUGUACAUCUUUGCCGUGACCUUGAUCAGAAUGAUCAGCUUUGUUUGUCUUAUGAUCACAGUGGUCGUACGCAUCACUGUUAAAAUAUCACCCCUCAACCUCGCUGUGAUGUCUGUCGAGAGGUACGUUGCCGUUUGUUUUCCUCUGAGGCACGCCAAUAUGUUCACCACCAGGUUGACAAAAGUGGCCAUUGCUGUUAUGUGGACAGUUGCCUCUUUAGACUCGUUCGCGCUGCUCUUUUUAUUUAUCAGUCUGGAGAAAUCGGGCUUCACUGUGCGAAGGAGCUGCCACAGACACAUCUUCCAGCUGCAAAUGUAUUCAACUAUAAAUAGGGACUUCACCAUUGCUUUUUUCGUAAUAGUGUGCAUGGUUGCCAUCUACACAUACAUUGCUGUGAUGAUUACUGUGAAGUCAGCCUCGUCCACUGUCCGUAACUCCAGUAAGCCACAUAAGACGAUGCUUUUGCAUCUGAUUCAGUUAUGCCUGUGUCUCACCUCUACUCUCUUUAAUAUGAUAAACUCCACCAGCAUGUUGAACAAGAAUCUGUCUUUGGCCAUUACAAUUCAGUACGUUCUCUUUUUAACUCUUAUCAUUUUCCCGAAGUGUUUGAGCCCACUCAUAUAUGGCCUCAGGGAUCGCACUUUCAGACAUGUCUUCAUAUACUAUUUCACUUUUGGCCUCAAACCCCCAGUCAAGACAUUUCCCAAGUCUUGA